CGCCUUCAGCCCUUGGCACGGCGGGAGCGGCGGCGCGCGCGGGGGCCGCAGUGCAGGUGCCCGAGCUCCUCUCUCCGCCCAGUGGCCGGACGCAGGGCGCCCCCCGCACGCCUUCCCCGGGGCUCCACACCCUGAGCCGCCAGCAUGGCCCGCGGCAAGGCCAAGGAGGAGGGCAGCUGGAAGAAAUUCAUCUGGAACUCGGAGAAGAAGGAGUUCCUGGGCCGCACCGGGGGCAGCUGGUUUAAGAUCCUCCUCUUCUACGUCAUCUUCUAUGGCUGCCUGGCCGGCAUCUUCAUCGGCACCAUCCAGGUCAUGCUGCUGACCAUCAGCGAGUUCAAACCCACCUACCAGGACCGCGUGGCCCCCCCAGGCCUGACCCAGAUCCCCCAGAUCCAGAAGACGGAGAUCUCCUUCCGCCCACUGGACCCCAAGAGCUACGAGCAAUACGUGAGGAGCAUCGUCCGCUUCCUGGACAAGUACAAGGACUCGGCCCAGAAGGAUGACAUGAUCUUCGAGGACUGCGGCAGCGUGCCGAGCGAGCUGAAGGAACGUGGCGAGUACAACAACGAGCGCGGCGAGCGCAAGGUGUGCCGCUUCCGGCUCGACUGGCUGGGCAACUGCUCGGGCAUCAACGAUGAGUCCUUCGGCUACAAGGACGGCAAGCCCUGCGUCAUCAUCAAGCUCAACAGGGUGCUGGGCUUCAAGCCCAAGCCCCCCAAGAAUGAGUCUCUGGAGACCCCGCUGCUGAAGUACAGCCCCUACGUGCUGCCCGUCCAGUGCGCCGGGAAGCGGGACGAGGACAAGGACAAGGUGGGGACCAUCGAGUACUAUGGGCUGGGCGGCUACGCUGGCUUCCCGCUGCAGUACUACCCCUACUACGGCAAGCUCCUGCAGCCCCGGUACCUGCAGCCGCUGCUGGCCGUGCAGUUCACCAACCUGACCAUCGACAGCGAGGUGCGCAUCGAGUGCAAGGCGUUCGGCGAGAACAUCGGCUACAGCGAGAAGGACCGUUUCCAGGGACGCUUUGAUGUGAAAAUCGAAGUGAAGAGCUGAUCCAAGCAUAAAACAAAAACACAAAACCAACAAAACCGUUCCCACUAGCCAUUUAAAAACAAAACCAACAAACAAAAAAGUUUAAAAACAAAAAAAAAGAGAAAGAUGACAAAAAAAAAAACACCACAAAAAAAAAAAAAACAAAAACAAAAA